CUAUGUUGUGCCGUGUUAAAAAUAGGCCAGUGCAAAGUAGUGCUAGUGAGCGAACGGACAUCGUGCACUGUCAGUAGUGGUUUCGAUCUCGGUUCUUCUUCUCCUCUACUUCUUCGUAUCUUCUACUCAUCGUCUGCAGAACGUUACAACAGUUGUUCAAAUCGUAAAACUGUUUAAAAAUUUGAGGAAGAACCAAGUAGUCGUAAUCAUGCAAAGCUCUAAGGAAGCUCUCGUGGCCGUCCUCGUGCUCUUCAUCCUCAACCAUGUGGAUUCAGUGCGCGUUGGAGCUAAAAAGAAAGCAAAUGAUCAAUCAACGUCGGCAUCAUGGUGGCACGAUUCAGUAGAUACUCCAGUCGACAAUUCCAAUUUCUUUUCCUCCACACAUGGUCUUCUACAAACUCAUCCAGGUAAAGGUUCGGUGAAGUUCAGGGCUGGAUCAUCAGGGGGAUCAUCUAGAAAUGCAUUGCCUUCGAGUAGCGGAUUAAAACACUUGGACUAUAGAACGUCGGCUACGGCUGAAUUAAAAAGGAACCCAUCGCUGUCUUCGCCUGAGGAAUGUGCGCGAGCUUGUAGAGAAAAUGAACCGCCAAGGAUUUGUUAUUAUCAUUUUACGUUGGAGUAUUACACUGUGCUCGGAGCGGCUUGUCAAAUUUGUACUCCAAAUGCAACCAACACAGUGUGGUCUAAUUGUCAGUGCGUAUUAGCCGACGGCGUAGAAAGAGGUGUUUUAACAGCAAAUCGUAUGAUCCCCGGACCAAGCAUUCAAGUCUGCGAAAAUGAUAAAGUAGUAGUCGAUGUAGAAAACCACAUGGAAGGUAUGGAAGUUACUAUACAUUGGCACGGUUUAUGGCAACGUGGCACACAAUAUUACGAUGGUGUACCAUUUGUAACACAAUGUCCAAUCCAACAAGGAAACACAUUCAGAUAUCAAUGGUUUGCUGCUAACGCAGGCACCCAUUUCUGGCAUGCACACACUGGACUUCAAAAAAUUGAUGGUCUCUAUGGUAGUGUUAUCGUCAGACAAGCACCAAGCAAAGAUCCAAAUAGUAAUCUUUACGAUUAUGAUUUAACCACCCAUAUCAUGUUAAUCAGUGAUUGGAUGCACGAAGAUGCCGCUGAGAGAUUCCCAGGAAGAUUGGCAGUAAAUACGGGUCAAGAUCCCGAGAGUUUAUUGAUUAAUGGAAAAGGUCAAUUCAGAGAUCCCAACACCGGUUUUAUGACUAAUACUCCGUUGGAAGUUUACACAAUAACUCCAGGCAGAAGAUAUCGUUUCCGUAUGAUUAACUCGUUCGCUACAGUUUGCCCGGCACAACUCACUAUACAAGGUCAUGACUUGACAGUGAUAUCCACCGAUGGUGAACCCGUACAUCCUGUCAGGGUCAAUACUGUUAUAUCAUUCUCAGGAGAAAGAUACGAUUUUGUAAUCAACGCUGAUCAACCAGCUGGAGCGUAUUGGAUUCAAUUGAGAGGUCUUGGAGAGUGUGGUAUAAGAAGAGCUCAACAAUUAGCUAUUUUAAGAUACGCUAUGGCUCCAUAUCAACCAUCCAGUCAAGCGCCAACUUACGAUUUUGGUCUUCCACAGGGUAUUGUCUUAAAUCCCUUGGACGCAAGAUGUAACGAACAACGGACUGAUGCUAUUUGCGUUAACCAAUUGAAGAGCGCUAGAAGCAUCGACCAAGGAAUACUUCAAGAAAGGCCGGACAUUAAGAUCUUCUUGCCGUUCAGAUUCCAUCUUUACACACCGCAAGAUUUAUUCGCACCUAAUACUUAUAACAGACAUUUAGUCGCUCCCAAUGGUGAUCAUGUAAUCAGUUUAAUCGACGAAAUUUCGUAUUUAUCUCCACCAGCUCCUUUAGUUUCGCAAUAUGAUGAUAUAAAUCCAGAACAAUUCUGUAACGGUGAUAAUCGACCAGCAAAUUGUGGUCAAAAUUGCAUGUGUACCCACAAAGUGGAUAUUCCUCUUAACGCCGUUGUUGAAGUGGUUCUUGUUGAUGAAGUUCAACAACCGAAUCUUAGCCAUCCGUUCCAUCUUCACGGAUACGCUUUCAACGUAAUAGGUAUCGGUAGAUCACCAGAUAGAAAUGUGAAGAAAAUCAAUUUGAAGCAUGCUCUUGAUUUGGAUAGACAAGGUCUUCUUCACAGACAAUAUAAUUUGCCUCCAUUCAAAGACACCGUCGCUAUACCAAACAAUGGUUACGUAGUACUUAGAUUUAGGGCCGAUAAUCCUGGAUUUUGGUUAUUCCACUGUCACUUCCUUUUCCACAUAGCUAUAGGUAUGAAUUUGGUACUCCAAGUUGGUACCAACGCGGAUUUGCCACCUGUACCGCCGGGCUUCCCAAGGUGUGGUGAUCAUUUGCCAGAGAUAUCUCUAGACGCAACGAAAGUGUAAGCUACACUUAAAAAAAACCUUAAAGGAAAAAAUCACUUCUUCCUCUUCCAAAAGAAAAAAUAAGUCAAAAUUUAUAAUUACGUUUUUAGAUAUGAAAUUCGAGUCACUUGAUGUGAUCUUGCCAUUUCGGAUUUUCGGAUCGUUCUCCCGUCAAUCAAUUUUUUUCUUUUUUGUUUGUUUUUAUUCCUAAUUUAUAUUAUUUAUAUUUAAAAAACACAACAAGGAGGAAUCCGCCAUAAGUUUUUUAGUAAGGUAAGUAUAAGCUCUGUCCCACGACUUACUUCUUUUUCUUUAAUUCUUAUAUUCCUUCUUUGUGCAUAAAUAGUUCCAAGGUACAAAAAAUACGGGAUGAUGUCAGAAAGAAAAAAUCAUUUUUAUGAAAUAAUUCAGAACCAUAUAUCUUACAGCAAAUUAAUAAAUUUUCCAAGCCUCUUUCUUCAAUCAAUAACAAAAAUUAUCUUGAAUUUCUAUUGUUUUCAUUAAUUUCUUUUUGUUGUUCUUGCAUAACUUAAUUCUAAAUCUGUGAUACUGGUUCUGAACUAUUUAAAACUAACUUUCGUAGUUUUAAUUCUUUCUGAACACAUCUUGUAUAAAAUGUAUUCUUCCUUCCUUCCUAGAUAGUUGAGAGUUGGUGCUAUAAAUAGUUUAUCACCCCCUUUUUUUUAAUAAUUUACUAUAAAUACACAAUGUCAAAUAAUUGUUUAUUAUAUUGUAAAUAACGUACCACAGAAAUUUAGACCAAAUUGUACAUUGUAUAUAAAAAAGGAAAAGUAUCGCGUUGUAGGUGAGUGUAAAUGAUGAUGAAAUACAUACUAACGAAUAUCUUUUCACUUUUAACGCUUAGCGCGUGUGUAGUAAAAUAAAUCAUUUCACUCCGUGUUAAUUAAUAAAUCAGUAUUGUAAACCUAUCUCCUCCUUUUCUUUAGACUGCAUACGUCUGACACGCAUAAAUGUGAGAGUUCAGAUUUGAAUGUUUGCUUAAAAAAAAAUAGUACGAAAAAUAUCAAUUUUAUGGUCACGUAUGGUGGAGUUAAAAAAGGGAAGAAUGUGUCCUUAAGCAAUAAAACAAUAUUAAUUAAUAUUGUAAUCUUUACCAUAUGGCCUAACUGAGAGUUACCAUUGUAUAAAAUAUUAAAAAGUCCUUAAUUUGUAAUUAUUUUUACUGAGACGUUUGUAUUAUCAUCCUUACUAACACUAAAAAAAAAAUAAACCCAAUUAUAGGUCUUAAGAUGUCCUAGUCUCAAGUCUUCUGUAACAGGACACAAACCUUUAAAUAAUAGAGUAAGCGGUACUGUUAUGUUAUGUUUAAUUAUUAAUGUAUUAUACUUAUUGAAAGUAAUAAAUAUGUUUAAAUGUA